AUGGAUGGCAACUGGUUCAAAGAUCAUGUGGUUUUUCUUACAGGAGCGACCGGAAAUCUUGGGGGGUGUUUAUUAUACAAGCUCGCGAUCCAACUUCCCACAGCCAAGAUAUUCGUUUUGAUCAGAGGGUCAGUUCAACAGGCAAUUGAGUCAUGGGAGCAGUCAAUGCCAGAGCACGUGGAUAAAAUCAUUGCAACUGGAAAGAUACAAUUCCUUUUGGGUGAUAUGACCCAGCCCAAUCUCGGUUUAACCCCGUCGAAUCUCCUGCGUCUGCAAAAUGAGGUUACGCUGGUAAUAAAUUCUGCAGGGGAUAUCUCUUUAUCUCGUGGGCUUGCGGAAACACUCCCAAUCAACUGUACCGCUCAUCUCACAUUAGUCGCUCUCGCAGACAGCUUCACUCGAUUGACACACUUUUUACAUGUAUCAACCACCUUUGUGUCGAGCUUUCUUCCAGAUGGCACAGUGAAAGAGAAAAUUUACACUUUGGUUGAAGAUCCAAAAGAAGAAUUGGCAACAAUUCUUGCCACGGGCCAGUCGUCUUAUACCAAAAAAUUCGCCGCACCUUACGCACUGGCCAAAUACCUAGCCGAGCGUUUACUUCUGGAAGGUGAUCAUUCCUUCCCAGUUCUCAUCGUGCGGCCGUGUUUCAUCUCGCCAGCAAUCGAAGAGCCUUACCCAUUUUAUGGAAGUGACGGCGCAAUACCCGUACAUUCAUUUAUCCAAGUUUUGUUCGAAGAUUCAGAGUACGGGUUAUUCAAGCUUGAGCAAGUCGUGCCUCGGCAUGUUGCCUGCAAUGAGAUCCCAGUUGAUCUUGUAGCACGCACAUGCCUUGCUCAUGUUGCAAAGGGAACAAAGGGCGUGAUCCAUGCCAGUUCUGAUCUGUACGUGAACCGAACCGUUGACGAACUGUUCAAUCGCAUCCGUCUCUAUGCCCCCAAGGGGAUCGUCGAAGCAAUAAAAAAAGCAGGAAUUGACCAUGGUGACGUUCCUGCGCCUGAGCUUUACAGCAUGAUUAAUCAGUUUGCUCGAGACUGGAGAAUCGAAUGCACAGGAUCCACUGAUUUGAAAUCUGUGAAGGGACCACUGGGGCUUUUGCUUUGUGAUCAUGACCCAGAUGCAUUUUUCAAGCAACGCAUUGAGAGACUUGCUAAGUCUAUCUUGGAUAAGCUGGGAACUCUCAAUCUGUCCAACAACAAGUUUUAUCAAAGUCACGUUGUCUGA